GUGACGGCAACUGCGGCAACUACCAUACCAUUCCCCGGUUCGCUCUUCUGCAGAUCAUCAAAUCUAUAGCAAUUAACCCAUUCAAUCCUUAAUCCACAUACGUAAAGAUACUACUAAAAGAAUUCAAAGCGGAGAGAGAGAGAGAGAGUUUUAUUCAAGUUGGUUCAUAAGAAGUCAAAAUCCCGAGAAAAUUCAGACACAAAUCAGAAAGAAAGCAUGAACCUAGGGUUUACAAUUCAAUUCUCAUUAGCAAAACCAACUCCAUGAAUUCCAAUUCACAAGAUAAGAAUAUGAAAAACGAUGAUGACGACGACUCUGAUAAACGGAGUCGAGACAACCCGUACAGACCUCGUCAAGAUAAAGCGGAAGACAUGAGGCUGUGGGGAAUUCUCAUCUUUGGUUUGAUUGGAGCUACUGCCACCACCUUCGCCGUUGGACAAUUGCGGAGGACAGUUGAUUGGUUCUAUACUCAGUUUUCUUUUAGGUUGAUAAUACUCUUCAAGCUCUUGGAAUCAGUGAUUUUGAUACCUCUUCAUAUUCAGAUGAUCUUACAACUUGGCCUCCAUUUGACCAGGUCACAGUCAUCAUGGAAAGGUUCAACUGGUGGUUCUUUCCGGUCAAGUUUUCAGGAGGAAGCAUGGAAAAGAUACAACCGUCGAAUGCAAGAGGAGUAUGAAGAGGAAAUGGAAAGAGGGGAGCGUAUAAGGCGCAUGCAAAGUGUGUUUAACAGAGAAAGAAAUAAAUACAAAAGGAGCUAUGAGAGCUGGGGGGGAAAUGCUCAAGGUGAAUAUCAUCAACAUUUCCAGCGGGAAGAUUGGUAUUGGAAGACUGAUGCAUCUUACAGAGAUAGCAGGACUAAUUUCAGGGAAACUCCUCAAGGCACUGCUCAUAAUCCAUUAUCUCAUCACUACUCAGUUUUGGGUCUGGAUAGGUUGAGAACAAAACCAUACACCGAUGUUGAGAUAAAGACAGCUUUCAGGACAAAGGCAAAGGAGUUCCACCCAGAUCAAAAUCAGGAUAACAAAGAGCUAGCUGAAGCGAAGUUCAAAGAGGUCAUGUCAUCUUAUGAAGCUAUUAAGAUGGAAAGGAAAAACAAAUAAGUUGUGAACUCAAAACUUGCUGUGUUCAGAAAAUAUCGACAAUACGGAUCGGAUGUCUAAGCAGCAGAUUAGGACCGGCCAUAGAGUUGGAGACCUCUAUGUGGUGGAGAGCUUGCAUCUGCCUCUAGCAACAUCUCCGACUGCCUUUUUCCUCUUUUCAGUUAGAUUCUCUGUCUAAUUCUUUCUACUUGUGGCAUUCUAAAUUAGGGCAUUUGGUUGUUGAUCGUUUACGGUCUUUAACUUAGUUUAGUAUAUUGGGUAAAGUUUUUCCUAGUGAACUUACUGAAUGCCGGGGGUGUAAACUUGCCAAAAUGACAGCCUUACAUUUUCAUAAAAGUACUUCUAUAUUUA